GACUACAGGUAGGACUGUUUGCUUGGAAACCUUCGAAAAUUCUUUGUAAAUGGUUCACGAUAAUUCCGUUUUUUAUAGCUUUGGUUUGUUUUACCGGCUGUUGAUGCAGAGGUUUUGCCGCAAAAAAGUGGCAGUGAAAUACUCUUAUUGCAAUCGUCAUGUAAACAAACCGGUGCUGACUGCUGAGACAAAUAUGACGCUGCAGGCGGCAUCAUGCGACAACAACAAUGUCUUUACUUUCGGGAUUGCUUUCGGGAGAGAGACCGGUUUAUAUAGCCUUGGAGAGACCCAUGCUGGCCGUUGGUGUCGCAGGCUGAGUGACCAGGCUGCUCUGUGAUCUCUGUCGUGUGCUGCGCUGCUGGCCUGGCCGCAAUGGGCAGCAGACAGCUGCGGUUUCAGCUGCUGCUUCUGCUGCUGGCUGGAUGCAGUCUCCGGGCCGGCGGCCUCUCACAGCAGCCAAUCCUACUGGUCCUGUCCCUGGAUGGUUUCCGUUAUGACUACUUGUCACGUGCCAAUCUGACGCACUUUGACCAGCUGCGAGCCCAGUGGACGUUCGUGCCGCACGUGCAGCCGGUGUUCCCGUCCAAAACAUACCCGAACCACAUUUCCAUCGCCACCGGGCUCUACUCGGAGUCGCACGGCGUCAUCGGGCCCUUUGUCGAGCCGGAGACGGGCCGCUUGGUGGACCACAACGAGACCGAGUUCUGGAACUACAGCGACGCCGUGCAGCCCAUCUGGGCUCUGAACGAGGCUGCAUCUCCGGACCGGUUCAGCGGCUGUAUGAUGUGGCCCGGCUGCUCCUUUCUGAAGCCGCCCACCUACGUACAGACCUACAACAGCUCGAUCGCGUGGGAGGACCAGGUGAGCAUGGUGUUUGACUGGCUGCGGGACACCGAGCGGCCGGCCAACCUGGUCUUCUGGUACCUGGACCAGCCCGACUCGGCCGGACACGAGUACGGACCGGACUCGCCGCAGGUUUCAGCCCAGCUGCGGCGCGCCGACCGCCUGCUGGGCUACAUCGGCCAUACGCUGCGUCUGUUCGAGCUGGAGCAGCGCGUCAACCUGGUGGUGACGUCGGACCACGGCAUGGCGCCCGUGCCGGCCGACCACCUCAUCAACCUGGACGCGGUGGUCAGUCCUGAGUGGUACACCACGCUCGGGCCGGACCCCGUGCUCCGCGUGCUGCCCGUGACAGGUAAGAGUCUGGCCGUGUACGGCCUGCUGCGGGACGGCUCGGAGAAGCUCGGUCUCAACUACACCGUCUACCUGAAGGAAAAGAUCCCGGAGCGGUGGCACUACGGCAACAACCCGCGCGUCACCGACAUCCUGCUGGUGGCUGACCUGGGCUACAUGUUCACCACGGCUUCCUUUAACCGCACGCUCGAGUACUACCGACAGAUGGGACGCAACGGCACAGGCCCGUACGGUGACCACGGCUACGACCCGGCCUCGCCGCUGAUGGACCACCCACUGCUGGCGCGCGGGCCCGCCUUCCGGCGGCAGUUUGUGCACACCACCCGAAUGGAGAACGUGGACGUGGCCUGGCUGGCGGCGCUGGUGCUGCGCCUGCCGCUGGCCGACGACGCCCUGAACGGCAGCCGACUGCGCGUGCAGCCGCUGCUGGCGCCCGACAGCGCCGCCUUCUGGGCGGGCGGCGCCGGCGCCGGCUUCUGGACCGCAGUGGUGCUGUCUGUGGUAUUCGGGUCCUGUGUAGUGGCGCUCGUGAUCGCCGUUAUCAAACGCAGUGUGAGAAGGCAGUCCGUCAACUCCUCCCUCAUCAACGGAUACAUGUUCAGGUACUCGCCCGUUCACCGUGUACACAGUCGUACUGACCGGGUGAGCGCUGCUGUGGGCCACGGUGGCAUCGACGGCGAGGAGGCUGAGCACCUGCUCUCGGAGAGUACACCGCCGCCGACCGGCGUCUGAGAGACCGCUGACUGCAGUCUGAUGGACCGCCGGCCGGCUUAUGGAGGACCGCCACCGGCCGGCUUAUGGAGGACCCCGACCGCCGACCGUCGGCUGAAGACCGUUGGCCUACCACUUCCAUGAUGGUUGUGUAGGAAGCCCGACGGUAUACGUCGGUGUUCAGCUGGGGUCUCGUACAGCCAGAAAGUUGGAGAAUUUCGUUCUUCGAGCUCCGAAGUAAGGUCUUAAUCCCUUUAUUUAUAUUCGGUGUACCAGCCAUUGCCUACUGCGGAAGGCGUGCCUUCUACCCCCUAGUCAACUUCUCAGUGAAAGCAGAAUUUAUUCGAGCAUCAAGUAUUCAACGUUCCAUAGCUGAAGAUCUCAGUCUGAGCGUGGUAGUUCUUAGGUAAUUGCAUUUAUGAAUUUAUCCAGCUGGGUGCCGCAUUAGUUAUUUAAACGGUUUGUAUCUAUCCUAACUGUUUUACAACGGGAAAUGACUUCCUAUAAAUUAAGUAGAUUUAGGCAUGUUUUCAACAUUUCACACAACUUCAUCCUGCUUGGGCGACGUCACAGAUUACAUUCAAAUCAACAAAUGCCGUGUAAAAAAUUCGUUAUGCGCUCUCUAGAAUGUUGUGCUCCCUACUUAGUACUUAUCCGAGUGUAUCAGUUCUACGCACCGGACGAUUUGCUGUUAGCUGCUACGCCUGUCUUUCUCCCAUGUUCACCUUGUUGAGAUUCUCCUGCACCUCUGACGUAAAGUGGAUGCUGUCCCCGUUUUCCGUCUUUUCCUGGUAGCUGCUCCGGCCGUGCGACAUGCGUCGGUUUUCAACAUUCCCUGACGGAGCAACCAAGGUCCACGCCGACCUCUGGACGCUCCUGUGUUUGCGAUUUGUCGUUUGAGUAUGCUGCUGGCGGGGCGAAUCCCUGCGAGACUGGGCGUCGGUGGCGUGCACGCUGUGAUCCCUGCGUUAAUGGCAUCCUGUGUGCUCCCGUGUGACCGGUGCUGUGGUUUGCUGUGCUGUGCUGAUGGUGGGGGACAGCCGGAGAGCGU